AUGCCUGUCACUUCCUACAACAGUCUGAAGCCUGGCUACCUCGUCUCAAUUGUCCUCAAGGCAGAUCAGCGCACCGGGAAACAAGUUCAAGGCACCGUCGCCCAACUGCUGACUCGUCACAAUCACCCUCGAGGAAUCAAAGUCAAACUCAGCGACGGGAGAGUUGGGAGAGUUCAGCAGAUCCUGCCGCAAUCCUCGAGCCAGCUACACACCUCUCCCUCAAAAACCAUGAGUUCCAACAACCCAUGGGCGGAUGCGCCCUCGCAAGGCAGCCCACACAAUGCCGGGCAACAGUCGCAGCAAAGCCAGGGUCAACGAUUCUAUUCAAACUACAACCAGAACCCCACCGACCAGCCACAGCAGCAACAGUAUCACCAGGGCGGCUACAGCGCACCUCAAGGCCCUCCACCAUCGCAGGGAAUCCGACGAUCCAACACGGACCAGCUCCUAGCGCAGGAGGGCGACCGAGCCGCGCAGGUCGAGCACAUGCAGCAGUACGAGGCCAACGCUCCACAGAGCGAAGACGAUAGACACCAGGCCGAGCUGCAGAAGCAGUUCCCCACCAUCGACUCCAGUUUGAUCGCCGCCAUCUACAAUGAGAGGAAACCUGACAUGGCUGAGAUCAGGGAGUUGCUGCAGGAGCUGGGUUCGAGUUAG